AUGGAGAGUCCUUCGUACCGAGAGUCUGAAUCUUGUCUUUCCUCCCCUCCUCGGCGGCGCCGGACGACGGCCGCGGUGGCGGCGGCGGAGGUGCAGUAGGAGAGGCAAGUAUGGAGAGGCGAUGCCAGUUCUGGGUCCCCAACAAGCGCCGCCUCUGCGCCAACGCUCCUCUUCCUUCUUCCCAGUUCUGCGGUAAUCACAAUCCCUCUGCCGGAGCUUCCCGGGUGCCUUGCCCCAUCGAUCCGUCCCACUCCGUGCUUCACGAGAACCUGGAAUCCCACAUCAAAAGAUGCCCUUUCAGGAAACAGGCGCAAGCCUUGGAGUCCCAGCCCUACUACUCCAAAGGCAUCAACAGUGGCGGUGGCGCCGGUGACUUGGAAGAGGAGAACGUGGGCUCUGCCGCGAAGAGGAGGGCUAUCUUUAAGCUGUCUGUGACGGAGUUCCAUGAUCUUGUGAAGAAGAUCAAGUCCAUACAUUCCGCCAUUGUCGAGGGACUGAAAGAUUCGUAUGUCAUGCCGGACACCUGCGAUAAAUGGUUGAAGCAGCAGGUGGACAGGAGAUUGCCGUAUCAGAAGAAGCAUGUCUUGCAGCAGGCGUCGAUUCUGGGGAACAUGGAAGAGCUUGGAAUCCUGAGAAAGCCAGCAAAGGAGUCACAUGAUGUGGUUUGCGGGGAAUGCGAGAUAAGUGAUGGUUUGCAUCGCGAGGAACAUGAGGUCCCUGCAGUUGUUGAGUUUGGAGCUGGGAGGGGAUAUUUGACUCACAUGCUUGCAGAUUGUUAUGGGAUAAGCAAGGUGUUUCUAGUUGAACGCAGGUCCUACAAGCUCAAGGCUGAUCGAACUCUGCGGCAAAGCCAAAGCAUAAUUUUAGAGCGUUUGAGAAUUGACAUAGAGGAUUUGAACUUGCAUGCAGUAGAAUCUUUGAGAGGCCUACCAUACUUGGCCAUUGGAAAGCAUCUCUGUGGACCAGCAACAGAUCUGACCAUGAGGUGUUGUCUCACUGCACAAUACAAUCAAAAUAAGGGAAGGUUCUCAAGUAAUUCUUUUCUGCGAGGCGUUGUCCUAGCAACAUGCUGCCACCAUCUUUGCCAGUGGAAGCACUAUUCAAAUACAAAAUUUCUGAUGGGUCUGGGGAUCACAAAGGAGGACUUUCAUGCGAUGACAUGGUUUAGCAGCUGGGCCGUAGAUGCUGAUCAUAGCUAUGAGCUUUCUAACAUCGUUGAUGGACCAUGUCUAAACAACAGUGAGCUAAAAGAACCUGAUAUUGAGGGCAGAGGUGUUGAAGAAGCUAUACAAAAUAUGCCCGCUGUGGAAAGAGCCAUCUUGGGUUUUAUGUGCAAAGAGAUAAUCGAUACUGGGAGGUUGUUGUGGCUGAGAGAACAUGGGUUGGAUGCACAGCUUGUAAAGUAUGUCUCAUCAAAUAUUUCUCCCGAAAAUCACUUGUUAGUUGCUAAAAGUAGGUUUAAAUCAUAAACACUUUCUCAAGCAGUUUUGUUGUCUGGUGAAAAUUCAAAUAUUGAUAGUUUCUUAGAGCAAUGUAUCUGGCGUAUAUUCUUUAGUAAGGUGGGUUUAAGCUUGUUUCUUUUGAGGCAUUUGAUUCA